AUGUCCAGGUGCCUGCCUGCCCCUUGGUACAUUCGCACCACCGUGCUGCUGCAGAUCCCAGAGUCUGCAGCUGCGUGCCAACCCACCCCAGAAAAAGUUCAAGCGAACAUUCGGAUUGGGGCCUUACAAGAACUUCAGAAUGGCUUAGGGAGCUCCUUCCUCAUACCCAGAAGCUGCCUUUUGGAAAAAGAAGCAGGCAUGUACCUGGGCACUCUCAGGAACCCCGCGGGAGGCGGGACUGGCAGCACUGGGGGCGGUGGGAGUCUCCUGCUCGCCUCCAACUUCACAGCAGUCCCUGCCUAUGCGCAUUUCAUGGGGUAUCCCCAUAUGCCCAGCAUGGAUUCUCACGGGUCGUUCCUGGGGGGCUGGGGUUCGCCCUAAGACUCGAGCCCUGCCGCUUUUGGCUCCCCAGAAUACAACUUGAGUCCUGUGGGAGGGGGAAGCAGCAGUGGCAGCCUGCCAGCCCCAGGCAGCGGGUCACUGUUCCCCGUAGACACCGACGCCGCCGCGGAUGCCAGUUCUUCUAACAGAACCCUUCACAGCCCUUAUGCGUGGAUGCGCAAGACUGUGCAGGUUACUGGGAAAACCAGGACAAAAGAAAAGUAUCGUGUGGUUUACACAGAUCAUCAGAGAUUGGAGCUAGAGAAGAAAUUCCACUGCAAUAGAUACAUCACCAUUCGGAGAAAAUCAGAACUAGCAGUCAACCUGGGCCUUUCUGAAAGACAGGUGAAAAUCUGGUUUCAGAAUCAGAGAAAGGUGAUCAAAAAGAAAAUCUCCCAGUUUGAGAACAGUGGAGGCUCAGUGCAAUGUGACUCUGGUUCCAUCAGCCCUGGGGAACUACCUAACACUUUUUUCACCACUCCAUCUGCUGUUCGUAGAUUUCAACCUAUUGAGAUACAGCAGGUCAUAGUCUCUGAAUGA